AUGACGAGGGGCUAUGAAGUAAGAGGUAGCUAUGGAUCUGCCUAUAUAAACGAGCUUUUCAGCGAGGACUUGAGUGGUUCAAGCGCUCUGUCUAACUCAGUCCACAACAUGAAUAUUUUCCAACUAUUCCUGCUAGCUGGUCUAGCUAUAGCGAAGCAGCCCAACAUCCUCUUCAUUUUGACUGAUGAUCAGGGCAAGCAUGUAGGAGGGUUAGACCACAUGCCCAAACUCCAGGAACACCUCGUCGAAAAGGGCGUAUCCUACCCAAAACACUACUGCUCCAUUGCACUCUGCUGUCCCUCCCGCGCAAACCUCUGGACAGGCCGCAUGCCUCACAACACAAACGUGACAGAUGUCGGCCUUCCCUACGGUGGAUACCCAAAGGUAGUAGAAGCAGGCUGGAAUGACAACUACCUACCGCUAUGGAUGCAAGACGCCGGCUACAACACAUACUACGUCGGCAAGCUCUGGAACGCCCACACAGAAGAAAAUUAUAACAAACCCUACGCUCGCGGCUUCAACGGCUCAGACUUCCUCCUAGACCCCUGGACCUACCGCUACUAUUAUGCACGAAUGACUCGCAACGGAAACCCGCCUGUCAACUACAACGGCAACUAUUCAACAGACGUUAUCGCCGAAAAAGCCUCUGGUUUCUUGGCUGAAGCGAUCGCGCAGGAUAGACCGUGGAUGCUGACUGUUGCACCGAACGCACCGCAUGCGAAUGGCUCCGCGGAUAACGGAGCAACCUGGUUUGGAGAGCCAGAGUUUGCGCCCCGACAUGCCGAUUUAUUUAAGGAUGUCAAGGCACCGAGGGACUCGAGCUUUAAUAAGUUGAUUCAGGGUGCUGUUAGCUGGACGGGGAAUGUGCCUGAGCUCAAUCAGACGGAGGUCGAUUAUAUUGAUGUUUUUCAGCGGUGUCGGUUGCGUGCAUUGCAAGCUGUUGAUGACAUGGUUGGGGACUUGAUCGAGCAGUUGGAUAAAGCUGGUGAGCUGGAUAAUACUUAUGUCUUCUAUUCCACGGACAACGGGUAUCACCUUGGUCAACAUCGGUUGCAACCGGGCAAGAACUGUGGUUUUGAAACCGAUAUCAAUGUCCCUCUCAUUGUUCGAGGUCCUGGGAUCCCUCAGAACCAGACUUUGAAUGCCAUUACCAGCCAUACGGAUCUUGCUCCGACUUUCCUAUCUAUUGCCAACUCUACCAGAGAGGGCUUGGAUGGGAAGGCGAUCCCGACCACUGUUGCAGCCAGCAAUGCUGAUAACAAGGCCGAGCACGUCGCCAUUGAGUACUGGGGCCUGGCCGUCCCUGAGGGAAUUUAUGGCUACGCCAGCAACAAGCUCAAUGAAGUUGGCAACAGCUACAAAAAUAACACAUACAAGGGAAUCCGUCUCGUGUCAGACAACUACAGUCUUUAUUAUGCAGUCUGGUGCACAAACGAGAAAGAACUCUACAAUCUCAAGGAUGAUCCCGACCAAACCAUCAAUUUGGCAGCAAACCCCUCCCAGCAUGAAAACUUCAAAAUCGCCAACCGAGACCUCACACAGAUCAUGAGUCGUCUCGAUGCGUUGAUGAUGGUGCUUAAGUCCUGCCACGGAGACGAAUGCAGAUACCCGUGGCGACAGCUCCAUCCUGAAGGUCAGGUUGGUAGUCUGGCUCAAGCCCUGGUAUCUGGUUUUGAUACAUUCUAUGAGAAUCAGCCCAAGGUUACGUUCUCAGCUUGUGAGCUGGGGUACAUUGUAGCGUCGGAGGGUGCGCAAAAGUUUGAUGUUUAUGGGGGUGGGGUGAGGGAGAAGAGAUGGGACGAUUUGCUUGAUUUUUUCAAGUGGUAG